AUGCAGAGGUUGCAGACAAAUUCAUCCGUGCUUGCUGACCUCUUCACAUUCUCAGCCUCCCAAUUCUAUCCUCGUCCUUCUGAAGAGGCGCCGAGCAAGAAGAACCUUAGCAACACCAGAUCCGGUAAUCUCGGUCACUCACUCCUCACCACAACUACGAUCGCUGAGCUGAAAGGGUGUCCAAAACAGACACCAGAGGCAGCCUGA